UCACCAGUAUUGAUUUCAGAGGAUGGACUAAAUUUCCUAGGAUUUCCAUUAAGAAUUAAGAAAAAAGCUCUAAGCACGCAGGGUAGCCAGACAGACAUGGAUAUGAGAUGGCACUGUGAAAACUCGCAGACCACAGAUGACAUCCUUGUGGCCUCAGCAGAAUGUCCCAGCGACGAUGAGGACAUUGACCCCUGUGAGCCGAGCUCAGGUGGGUUAGCUAACCCAACCCGAGCAGGCGGGCGAGAGCCAUACCCAGGCUCAGCGGAAGUGAUUCGGGAGUCCAGCAGCACCACAGGCAUGGUGGUGGGGAUAGUAGCUGCCGCCGCCCUGUGCAUUCUCAUCCUCCUCUAUGCCAUGUACAAGUACAGAAACCGGGAUGAAGGCUCAUACCAUGUGGAUGAGAGUCGAAACUACAUCAGUAACUCAGCACAGUCCAAUGGGGCUGUCGUAAAGGAGAAACAACCCAGCAGUGCGAAAAGCGCCAACAAAAAUAAGAAAAACAAGGAUAAAGAGUAUUACGUCUGAUCCCAAGAUCUUAAAAAGACCCUUGUAUAGAAAUAGUCUUCAUUUUAUCUGAGACAUAAUAUAAACUUAUUUACUUUCCUUUUUACGAAGCACAUACAAAAGAAGACAGGGAAUGCAAUCAGGAAGGAAAGACUGUUUUUAAAAAAAUAAAAACAAGUAUCUCAUGCUCUUGUUUCUCCAAAAAAGAAAGAAAAAAACAAAAAACAAAAACAAACAGGGGCCAAUAAAUUCCCUAACAUCCACAGUGUUUUCAUUUACUCUGCCUGUCUUUAUGUUGCUGGAACAUUUCUAAAAGACAGUGAUGACCGCACGCAUUCAUAAAGCAAAGGAGUAUUAACAACAUCGAGGCACAACACAAAAACAACACAACACACAACACACAAAAAAAAGAAGCUACCUAUGAUCCUGGAUUUAGCCAAAGUGCUAGCGCUUUCCUGAGAAGUCAGUUAGUCCGAUGGCCAGAGAAGACUGUGUGUUUGGAAUGACCCAAACUGCAAACCUUUGGGUUUACCCCCUGGCGCAGAUGGAGCAGUGGUUGGAACUUGCAUUUGAAACAAAGUGCUGGCUUUUUUGAAGACUCUUGUAGGAACACAUUCAAAAAGCCCCUUUCUGGUUGUGAGGGAAUAAAAAAGUAUGGAGGCCUUAUUUUCAACAAUGUGAAAUAUAAGGCACAUUUUCACACUAAGAUUUCAAAACAAAAAAACCCAAGAGGGCAUAGAUGCAACCAUUGGGAAAUUUUCAUGCACGCUUAAUAUGUUAUUACAUAUGUUUAUAUAAAAUCCAUCUCUGUGUGCUUUCUGGACUGUGAUAAGUGACGUUUUAUAGCCUGUUGUAUAGAAAAUGCAAAAUAUAUCUCUGCUCUUCAGCCAUUUUUGGUAAAUUCAAUGUUAUAAGUGUUGCUAAGUAUAGGGAGUUUUAUGACAUUGGAGCAACAAUUAUUUCAGGGUUUUUGUUUUGUUUUUGGGGUUUUUUUUUUGCCACCAUUAUAAAUUGCCACAAUUACUUACUUUUUUAAAAACUUACAAUGUAGUGUUUAUUCUAAGGAAGAUAUGUAUGAAUGUAUAUAAAAAGACUCAGCUACUUUUUUUUUCUAACAUGUACAGCCUUCAUUCUGUUGCAAUUAAGUUUUAGUAUUUGUAUGAAAGGUGUGAAUUAGAAGGUAAAAUAUAUACAUAUGUAUCUUAUAAUCUUCUUUUCUCCCCCAAAUACAUUUUUCAUAUACUUUCACCAUUUACAGUCACACACACACACACACACACACACACACACACACACAGAGGAAUCCAUCAGAUAUGAUGGAAAACCCGAACAUAUAUAUAACAGCAAAUAUUUACUGACAAAUUGAAAAGCAGGAAGGAAGGAAGAUAGUUGUGCCAAGGUAUUGAUGAAAAAUGGGGUGAUUUGCUUCAUUGAGAUCAUGCUCCCAAGAAACCCUGAGAAGAUUUUAGUCCCUAAUGAAAUGGAACCUUUUGUUAGCAAAUAGGAUAUCACUGGUAUAUUGCUGCAUGAAUACGAAAAAUUAUGUGGGGAGGUUACAGAAGCAAAAUUGGUUAAUCUAUAGUUUAACCCUGGCUGCUGCAAUUGAAAACUUUGUUUUCAAUAAAAUCAUAUAUAUAUAUGUGUAUAUAU